ACGUCAGAGAUUGGAGUGUCAUGGAGGCUCAUGAAGAGGCAGUGUCUGACGCUCCCCAGGAAGCAAUGGAGGUCAAUCCAGAAUAUCUGAAACAGUUGAGAGAUCUGGAUAUUCCGGAAGAAGAGGCCAAGAAGGCUCUCUUUCUCACCGGGAACAUCUCUGCUGAAGAGGCCGCCAUGUUUUACUUUGAAAGCUUGGAAAACCACAAUCUGGUUGCAGAUGAAGAUGAAUUGUAUUACAAAAUGGUCUUUGUGGUGAACAUGGAGCUCCCUAUGGGGGUAGGGAAGGUUGCAGCACAGGUCGGCCAUGCAGCAAUUGGCUUAUAUCAACUCCUCUUGAAGAAUUCGAAGACCAGAGAGAUGGCUGACAAAUGGGAUGUGUUUGGGGCUAAGAAGGUUGUCCUUCAGGGUGCCAACGCAGCUCACCUAAUGCAGCUUCAGGCUCUGGCGAUCAGUAUGGAUCUACCGACUUACCUGGUGCAGGAUGCUGGUAGGACCCAGAUUGGAGCGGGCUCGCACACCGUCCUCGGCAUCAUGGGGGAAGAAGAGAACGUGAAUAAAGUAACUGGCAAAUUGAAGUUACUGAACUGAAGGCUGUCGACGUAAGCAAGAGAAAUCCAUGUGCUGGCAACGGAGGGAAGGCCAUCACGAUGUUCUCAGACACUUCCUUCUUAGCGCAGAGAAGCAGGAGAUAGCGUCAGGAGCAGUCUUGUUGUAGCAGGCGAUGCUUCACCUACACCACCUCUCGCACAACGGAAAUGUAACAGCGAUGGGAGUAGAUACAUGAACCUGCCAAUAAAGAGAACUAGCGGAAGAGCGCAGCGGUCAGUGUUAGUAUGUAUCGGAAACAACGAGCGUCAUUUAUCAAAGCAUCUAAAAAUAGACCUGGUUGUAUCGACCCGUAGAAUAGAAUCCAAUCUAAGUAUCCGUUUCAUUGUUCCUUUUCACAGAUCAGCAGUUUUGUCGCCCAGGUGAAUUGCAGUUUGCUGAUCUGCUUGAAUUUUCUGCAGAACAUCGUCUGAAUCUAGGGGUUGCCAUUCCACUGAGAGACUGCAAAUCAAU